UCUACAUUGAAUCCGUACAAGACAUUAUUCACUCUCCCAAGUCCAAUUAGAAACUGUAAAGACAGCAGGAAAUUCUGGCAGCCCCUGCAGUUUCCUUCAUCGUCUAAGAAAGAAGGAGAGAUGAUGAUGAGGAAGGCGAACACGAGGAAGAAGGAAGAAUCCAAGGGUCUGGGCUUGGUUGACUUUGUGUUUUCUUGGUCUAUUCCUGAUGUGAUGAACAAAAAUCUUUACUCUGACAAGGUGAAACAGGUACCGGAGACAUUUCCGUCAACUGAUCAUUAUCUGAAAUCAUUUCUCUACCCACUUAUUGAAGAAACACAUGCUGAUUUGUUCUCAAGCAUGACAGCAUUGUCUCGUGCGCCUAUGCGUGAAGUAUUUGAUGUAAAAAUAUCAAAGGAUUAUAAACCUCCUAAAGAGUUGUACUAUUCCAUUUCAUUGAAGCAAAUGGGAAUGAAUGAGAAAAAAGAAGGAAUCUACGAGCCUGAGUUUGGAGAUCUUAUUGCACUUACAGAUGUAAGGCCAAAAUGUAUUGAUGAUUUGAACAGGCCGAAAAGACCAUAUCUUCUUGCUAUAAUUCAAGGGAUGAAGGAUGGAGAUUCUCAGAAACUUCCUAUUUUGUCGUCAAAACCUCUUGAGUUUGAGAAACAUGAGGAUGGAAAGGGUAAAAACAGGGACAAACUGUUUGCUGUUUAUCUUACUAACUUGACAACAAACAUCAGAAUAUGGAAAGCUCUACAUCCUGACCCAGAAGUAGUAAACAUGAAGAUUAUUAAGGCCAUAAUGCCAGUUGAUCCGAAUGUUGGACGGAAUUGCACUCUUUGUUCUAAUGGAGAAACUAAAAGAGAUGCUGGAUCACAUUUAAUUGCAGCCAUUCGAAAUUUUGGACUAGAUGAGUCCCAAGGAACUGCUGUUUUAGAUUGUAUUACUACUAAAGAGUGUCACCAUCAAAAUUCAGUCAAGCUGAUAUGGGGUCCUCCAGGAACAGGAAAAACAAAGACAGUAGCUUCUCUAUUAUUUUUGCUGCUACAGAUGAAAUGCAGAACAUUGACUUGUGCACCAACCAAUGUUGCGGUGCUGGGAGUUACAAAUCGGUUGAUGACUUUGGUCAGGCCAUCUCUCGAGUGUGAUACUUAUGGACUAGGGGACAUUCUUUUGUUUGGAAAUGGGGAACGAAUGAAGAUUGAUGAUUAUGAAGAACUCCUUGAUGUAUUUCUUGAUUACCGAGUUUCUGCUCUUUCAUGUUGUUUGGCUCCAUUGUCCGGGUGGAAAGGCAGUACUGAAUCUAUGAUACGGCUGCUUGAAGAUCCUGAGAAACAGUAUCAGCUGUAUUUGGAUAAAGAGAGGGAAAAGGAUCAAAGUGAUGAUGAAGAACCUCCCAGUGAUGAGGAGGGUGAGCUGGAAGGAGGACUAUUUGAAAACAUUAAUGUAAGUGACAGCCAGGGCAAAGUGGAUGAGAUUGACAGUCAAGGCUCAAAAAAGAAUAAGCCUAAGUUCUGGAAGAAAGUUAUUGUUCAAACUUUAAAGGAGAACAAGAAGAAAAAAUCGAAGGACAAAGCAGCUUCUAAGAAGAACAACAAGAAAAAAUCGAAGCACAACAUGGAGGAGAAAAAUAUUGCUGGUAGCAAGACAAACAAAAGAGAGCCAGACAAUACGUCGGUUACUCUUUUGUCAUUUGAUGAGUUUUUUAUCAAGAAAUUUAAAUUGAUUGGGAGUCGGCUAAUAUUUUGUAUAACAAGCUUGUACACCCACAUGCCUACAUCUUUCAUUCCAAUGGAGGUAGCAAAGAGUAUGAAAAGGGUUUCUAACAUGCUGCAAGCUCUUGGAUCUUUGAUACAUAAGGUCACUUCUGCUAAUGAAGGGCUAAGAGAAGUCCUCUAUGGAAUUGAAACUGCAGAAAGAAGGAUAAGACACUUCAAUGAGUUGCGAAGGACUAGAAUGGGAUGCCUGCUAAACCUGAAACACCUUCAAGAAAAAAUCUCUCUUCCAAGCUUCUCUGAAGAUUAUCAAAUUAGAAGCUUCUGUUUACAGAGAGCUUUCUUGGUCUUUUGUACUGCUUCAAGCUCAGCUAAGUUGCAUGUGGAAGGAAUGGCACCACUGGAAUUAUUGGUCAUUGAUGAAGCUGCACAGUUGAAGGAAUGCGAGUCCACUAUACCCCUUCAGCUACCUGGUAUCCGCCAUGCUAUACUUAUUGGAGAUGAGAAACAACUACCAGCAAUGGUUCAAAGCCAGAUAUGUGAGAAGGCCAAUUUUGGAAGAAGUUUAUUUGAGAGGCUAGUGAUGUUAGGUCAUCAAAAGCACCUUCUCAAUGUUCAGUACAGGAUGCAUCCAUCGAUAAGCUUAUUUCCAAAUAGGGAGUUCUAUGGAAAGCUAAUAAUGGAUGGUCCCAAUGUGAAGGAUGUGAAGUACAAGAAGCGCUUCCUGGAAGGGGCCAUUUUUGGAUCAUACUCAUUCAUUGACAUCAACCCUGGUAAAGAGCAGUUUGAUGACAAGCAUAGUAGGAAAAAUCUCGUGGAGGUUUAUGUAGUUGCUGAGAUCAUUGCUAACCUUCAUAAAAGGUCUCUCAUUUCAAAGCAGAAGCUCCGUGUUGGCUGCAUAUCACCCUACAAAGCUCAAGUUUCUGCAAUUCAGGAAAAACUUAGCCAGAAAUAUAGUACGGACACAGACAGUGACUUCUCUGUUAAUGUUCGUUCUGUCGAUGGAUUUCAAGGAGGGGAAGAAGAUGUUAUAAUUAUUUCAACAGUGCGGUGUAAUGGGAGUGGAUCAGUUGGCUUCCUUUCCAAUCAUCAGAGGACAAAUGUGGCUCUCACUCGAGCAAGGCACUGCCUUUGGAUAUUGGGAAAUAGUGCAACCCUCGUGAAUAGUCAUUCCGUUUGGAAGAAACUAGUAUUGGACGCAAAGGCUCGUGGUUGUUUCUAUAAUGCUAGAGAUAACAAGAUCUUGGUUCAAGCAAUUUCUUCUGCCUUAAUUGAGUUAGGCCAAUUUGAUAAACUACUCAGUACCGACUCAGUGCUGUUCAAAACAGCGAGGUGGAAGGUUUGCUUCAGCAAUGAUUUUUCAAAAUCACUCGCAAGAAUUCGGGAUCCUGAGAUCUGCAAGGAAGUUCUUUCUCUUCUAGUGAAGCUUGCGAGCGGCUGGCGCCAGCCUCUAAGUGACACUAGUAGAAUUGAAAUUAAUGGUACUUCUCUGUUGUUGGAGACGUAUGAUGUGAAGGGUCUGAAACUGAUGUGGACAGUCGGUAUCCAGAAGUUCAUUUCAAUUGACAUGCAAGUUAUAAAAGUUUGGGAUAUUUUGGCAAACCCGGAGAUACCAAACUUGGCAAAGCAACUUGACAAGAUAUAUGGAAACUACACACUGAACACUGUGAAUCGUUGCAAAUUCAAACGGAUGGAAGGGAAUUUAGUAGUUCCAGCUACGUGGCCAUCGGAAUCAAAAUCUGUUACUGGUGAUGAUCCAAGUGAACACUUAGCAAGUAAAUUUGCCGGAAUCAGUCUAAUGGAUGAGCCAAGACCGUCUACAAGGAGUUACAGAAGUGCGCAAACUCAUGGGAAGCACCACAAUAAGUGGAAGAAGUCACAGAAGUGAAGCUCGAGUGAGACAAGAUCACUGAAGAUUCUUCUUGCGUAGUCUAUGCAAAAGUCGAAAGUUUCUAUUGUCGCCGGUGUUACUUGAGCUGUGCAUACUGUCCAUGGUUAAUGCGGGGGAUGAUGCUUUCUUGAAAUCAACGAUUUAUGGGUAGCAAUUUUAUCAGUAUGUAUUGAUGAGUUAGGGAGGUACCAAUCCAAAUUAUAUUUGCAGUAGAUUAAAUUUACCUGGAACGGUGAAACCCAUGUGUAAGAAAUUCAGGGAAACUUGACUUGGCUGGGGAUUUGACAGAACUUUUUACGAGGACAAGGUGUAAAUUAAAGGAUGCUGCAGUCUAGUCCUCUUGAAACGCCAGAAUAUUAAUGGGUGUCUUCAGUGCUAUGAGCAAUGCUGAACCCUCAUUAUAUAAUCUUGUAACGUUUUAUAUGUAAUGGUUUCUCUAUUUUGUAAUGUAAAAUGCUUGUCAUGGUA